GGCUGCCCCUGUCAAUGAAAGUUGACCAACAAAACAAAAACAAUGCAAACGGAUCAUUGGCAGACUGGAUUUAAAUCAAAAAUGGUUCAAUAUACAUGAAAACAAUAGAGGUGUGAGGUUCUCUGUGAUCAAUGGCGCUGCCGUCAGGUUCCCGGAGCAACGGAUUUCCCAUCCUGGAAGGGCCUCCUCCUAUACCCCCACGACGAGAGCUGGACCGAGCGGCAAGCCUACAGCUUCAAACAGGCAAUGGAGCACCUCCCAUCCCGCCCCGUCAUGCUAGCCUACAUGAAACCCAGCCAGUCAGAGUCCCUCUGAGGGGCACAAAUUCUGAGGCACAUAUACAUCUACCCAACAAAGCACUUAUAUCCCUGUCACCCGUAGAAAAAUACAAGUCACCCAUAGAAAAAUACACACCAUCGUCCAACGCAGAGUCUGGCUUCCUAGCUGACCUGGAUGGCUUAGACUUUACUGAUCCUGGCAGACAUCCUUUCGGGAAAGAACGGAGAAGUUCCUCUCUGGAAGAUCUUCCUUCCAGCACAUCCAGGAGUAUCUACCCGGAUAUCAGUGGUGCUUUCAAUGAAAUCAGACCCAAUGUGUACGGACAGCAGACGACAAUGUACCCACAAAUUCCAAACCCUAACCCAACCUCAUCAUAUGGAUGGAAUCAGAACUUGUUUAACCAAGGCUACGAACAAAAUAACGCCAGUAAUGUUCCUUCCUACCAGGCUCCAGCGCCACCUAUAGGAUUUGUCUUGGAUGUUGUUCCACCAGUACCAGGUGUGGGAUGUCCGGGGAAUCCCUUCGCUCCUCCGAGCGGUCAAGGAGCGUGGGGAGGGUCAACGAAGGUCAACUCCUUGCCUCGACCAGCGAGCUGUGGUGAUGUGUUUGAUUCUGCUUGGAAGGAAGUUGGUGUUAAUGAUGGCGGGUGGGCACAGUUUGAACAGAAACAAUUUCUUCAACCUUCACCAGCUCAAAGUGGUUCCAGCUCAGGUGAUUUAAUGAACUUUCAUGGGGAGCCUGUUGUAGAGUAUGAGUAUCUGUCCCUGGACUAUUUUGACCCUUUGUAUGAUCGAGCCAGGAAGGAAUCGGUGUCUGUUGUACCAAAUGAAGCCUCCUUUUCGUUUUCAUUUGGAGAUGCUUUCCCGAGUUUCACAAAAGCUCAGGCUGAACCACAAACUCCCGACACAGAGAAGUGUAUUAACCAGUUAGAUGAAUGGGCAUCGGCAGACCGAACUCAAAUACAUGUGCAGGACUUGGAUGUGCCGGUGCCUGUCGGUGAGAGUGUGACAUACAGGUCGGAGGGGACGAGUCUUUCAAGAGAAUCAUCCACCUCAAAACCACCACCAAGACCGCCAUCAUGGAAAACCAACACCAAGGCCAGUAUGCCGGAGAAACUACGGAAACGGUUGUUCAGUGAUGAAGAAUCAAAUGCUUUCUGUCAGAUGGUUGCAGAACUGAAGAGUCACUACAAGUCUACAGAUGAGAAGGCUAACCCUGGACUAAUUAUUUCACCUGUCUCUGACAAGAAACAUAAGCCAACAUCAGUCAAGGUCAUCAUCCAUUUCAAACCAUCUCAAGAACCAGUCAGCUUUACCUGUGAUACGCACACCCUGGUGGAACACGUGAUCAGCCAGGUGGUGUACAGUGAGUCUCCGAGUCACGGCCAGCAGCUCACUUCAUCCGACUUCGUGCUCAAGGUGUACGACAGGGCAGAGUAUCUACAGAGCCACCUGUCCUUGUCCUCCCUGGACUACGUGCAUCACUGCAUGAAGCUGGAUGAGGACAUCCGCUUCCAGAUGCUGCACAAGCAGGACAUCCUCCACCCCUUCCUGAGGACGGUGGACGAUGACUCACAGAAGCUCCUCUUCCCCAAGGAAUACAUUAAGACGGACAAGGACGCGGUGUCCAGGGAUUCCUUGGAGAUUCUCCUGGACACUUUCUACCAGGAGAUGGAACGUAUGAGUGACCUCGUGCUGAAGGGUGAAAUUGAACUAGUCCAGCCGAAACAGAUCCAUCAGUCAGUGAAGGCGAUCUGCACAAACCUGGCCAAGAUUGAGACGACCGACAUUAGCAAGACUCUGGAGAGACUGGAAAGGAUUCUCUCUGACUUGAAGAACCCCAGCAACAGAGCAAGCUCCCUGAUGGCCGGCUCUGGAACACAGGCUGACAGAGACACCAUGGACGCUAUAAACGUGGCGAUCCGGUGUUCCUACGUGGAGGAACUGCAGGAAGCCAUGGACCAGAUGGUCAUCUCGGUGAAGCAGCUGGUGCGUAUGUACUGCCACACCUUCCACACGGACUUCACCCUGGGGCCGCCACUCGAAACCCAGAAGGACAUGCAGGACAUCACCCUCAUCAGGGACACUUUCAUAGUACAUGUUGCCACCUCUCAUAGGAUGCCCCAGGCUUGGCUUAACCACUAUGAAGGAUACAAAGUUGUGUGCAGCUUGUACCAUGGAACAAAGAAGCUGGCUGAGGAUGUGUCCACCAACGUAAAACCUGCAGUCACCUCGGGACUCUGUGAGAGAAUAGUCUGGGAUGAAUGGAUAGACUUCAAAAACAUGUCGCUGUGCAUCUUGCCGCGGGAGUCUCGCCUCUGCCUGACGCUGUGUGGGUUGAAGAGUCCACAGUCCGGUGGAUCAGCGGACACCACACACAAGGUGACCAUCGUCCUGGGAGGAGCAACGAUCCAGCUGUACAGUCAAGAUGGCCAUCUGAAUCAGGGAAGCCAGUUGGUCCCUCUCAUGAUGGGCGUCAAGGCUGAUCCGAUUAUGCCGUCUUGUAAGACACUGCUGCCCGACUCUGUGCUGCUACAGGUAAAUUUGCCAGAUUUUGAGAAGAACCUGUUUUUCCCAGAAACUAUCAAGAAGCCAACAAGCCCCCGGAAGUCGUACAGCAUGUUGAUCCCGGACAUCAAGAAAAGCAUAGAGGAUGUGCUGGACAAGGACUCAUCAUCCACAUACGCCGCAGAAGAGAUGGAGAUCCUAUGGACAUACCGCACCUACCUACACGAGCGUCCCGAGCUGCUGCCUCGGAUCCUGCAGGCGGCCCAUAGCUGGGACUGGGCGUGUCUGGCUGACACCUACGCCCUCCUCCAGUCUUGGCCCCCGGUGCAGGCCAUGCAGUCGUUUGAGUUGCUGCUGCCCCAGUUCCCUGAUCUCCGAGUGAGAGAGUUUUCUGUCGAUAGUCUAAACAAGAUUCCAACUGAUAAUCUGAUCGACUUCCUCCCACAACUCAUUCAGGCUCUGAAGUUUGAGAGCUACCACAAUUCAUCUCUUGCCCGAUUGCUCUUAGAACAGUCAUGCAAGAGUAUUCGAUUUGCCCAUCAAUUCUUCUGGCUGCUGAAGGGUGCUGCUGCGCUCGAUCCAAUGUUCAAGCGCCGAUAUGAGCUGAUGUUCGUCGCUCUGGCCAGUGUGGCUGGUGACGCCCUCUACAGGGAGUUUAAGAAACAGGAACAUCUUGUCUGGACACUGUCAGAAACAGCAGUGAAGGUCCAGAAGGCCAAAGACAAAGAUACAACAUUGAAACGUGAACUGCAAACAGUCUAUGACCUGUUUGAAGAUAAAGGGAGGCUACUCUUGCCUUACAACCCUAGUCUAGAAGUGUGUGGCAUUGACAUAAAGGCUUGUGUUCACUUGCAAUGCGUUCCGCUCAAACUGGUGUUCAAGAACUCCAACACCAAGUCUGACCCCGUCUAUGUCAUGUUCAAGGUGGGAGACGACAUUCGCCAGGACAUGUUGACACUGCAGAUGAUCCAGAUCAUGGACAGACUCUGGCUCAAAGAUGGCCUUGACCUUCGUAUGAUCACAUUCUCCUGUCUGGCAACAGGGCCAAAGAAAGGGAUCAUCGAGCUGGUGACGGAGGCUGAGACGCUACGCAAGAUCCAGGUGUCUUACGGUGUGACUGGGUCUUUCAAAGAGCGACCAAUCAAAGAGUGGCUUCAGAAACACAACCCCACAGAGCUGGAGUAUCAGAAGGCUGUGGACAACUUCUCAUGUUCCUGUGCGGGUUACUGUGUGGCGACGUACGUCCUCGGCAUCGGGGACCGCCACAACGACAACAUCAUGUUGAAACAGUCAGGGCACAUGUUCCAUAUAGACUUCAGCAAGUUUCUAGGAGACACACAGAUGUUUGGUAGCUUUAAGAGAGAUCGAGUUCCAUUUGUGUUGACGUCAGACAUGGCGUUUGUGAUUAACGACGGUGGGCGGAGACGUGAUCGCUUCCAGAGAUUUGUUGACCUGUGUUGCAAGGCCUUCAAUAUUCUCCGGAAACACGCAGACCUCUUCCACAGUCUCUUUGUCAUGAUGGCGAGGUCCGGUAUACCGGGGGUGUCGGAGAGGGCAGCAGCGUAUGUGAGACAGACGUUGCUUCCUGGACAAUCUGACGCUCAGGCGGCUGCUUUGUUUACAAGGAUGAUAGAAGAGAGCCUCAAGUCGGUGUUCACACAGUUCAACUUCUUCAUCCACAAUCUCGCUCAACUCAAGUUCUCGUCUCACCAGGAGGGGGCGCUGCUGUCCUUUGUGCCCAAAACAUACAGCAUGCAGACUGACGGGAAGAUAUUACGUGUCGAGCUGGUGUACUUCGACAAACGAUACACACCAGAAAAGCAUUAUAUCUACAAGCUGCUUGUUGAGCGUCAGGACGAGCGAGUCCACACACACAUCUACCGGCUGUUCCAGGAGUUUGUCGAGUUCCGCGAUAAACUUGCAUCCAUCUUCUCACUGGUCACGUGGCCAAACUUCUCCACAAGGAUGGUUCUGGGACGAAGCAAUAUCAGAACAGUAGCAGAAAGUCGUGGUGUAGAGAUACGUCAAUUUCUGGAGGCUUUGUGGCAAAAAGCACCCGAAAUUUCUGAGUGUGAUCUCGUCUACACAUUCUUCCACACCUUGUUGAGAGACGAGCAGGAAAACAGCAGUGCCAACAGUGCCAACCCCAGGAGUAGAGGUAGGUGGGAUCAACCCUUGGUUCAAAGAACGACGGGGAGCGCUACAGGUGUCCGCGGCGAGGUGCAGCUGUCUCUGCAGUACAAGAAGGACUCGCUGCAGGUGCUCAUCAUGCACGCCAAGGAUCUGUCCCCCGGGCCCGACUUCCCCAGCCCCUAUGUGAAGACGUAUCUCCUGCCUGACCCCGAGAAGCAGACCAAGCAGAAGACCAAAGUGAUGAAGAACAGUGCACAUCCUACAUAUAACGAAGUGAUUGAGUACAAGAUGCCGCUAGAGAAGAUCCAGCAGCGCGUUCUCCAGGUGUCAGUGUGGGACCAGGCAUUGGGGCAGAACAACCUCAUGGGCACCGUGUACCUCAAGCUCCGAGAUCUCGACCUCUCCAAGGAGUUCUGUCAGUGGCAUCAUCUUGGCAGCAUCCAGCUGACAGAUAGCGUCAUGGCAUAGACAGAUAGCCUCGUGGCAGAGACAGAGAGCCUUGUGGCAUUGACAGAUAGCCUCAAGAUAUAGCCUCUGGCAUUGUCGAUUGAUAGUUAGCCUCAUACCAUCGACAGAUGGCCUCAAGACAUAGCCUCAUGGCAUUGAUAGUUAGCCUUGUGGCAUAGACAGAUAGGAUCAUGGAUCAGACAGUCAAUCUCAUGGCACAGACAGUCAGCCUCCUGACAUCAACAGAUGGCCUCAUGGCAUCAAUAGUUAGCCUCAUGGCAUAGAUAGCCUCCUGACAUCAACAGAUGGCCUCGAGACAUAGCCUCAUGGCAUAGAAGAAUGGCAGACAUUUUGGCUUGUCACCAAGGAGGGCCUGCAGGAGAUACUACAUGUGUUCAGGAGGAAACUUUGUUAUUUUGUUUUUAACUGACAUUUACCUUUGUUGAUAUUAUGUUUUGAUAUGCUAGGUAGAGGGGCUGUUUGUAGAUGUAUAGGAUCAUCAAACAUCAUUUGGAUGUAAUACGAAGAAAUUGUGGAUCACAUUCAUGUCAGAUCUGUGGAUGAUAUGUUGAUAUUGAUCAUAAUAUCAAUGGUAUGUACGAGUCAGAUAUUUACAAGGUGCCUUGUUGAAGCUGUUGAAUUUCUCAUAUUGGUGUAAAACAUAACAACCCUGCCUUUUGUCAGGUACAAACAUUAUCUAAUCAUUUUGUUAAACAUGCUGUCCAUCACGAUCACAUAUUAAGGACAUUGUCCACUGAUAUGAUUUCAAGGACAGCCUUAAGCAACCCAGCACACAAGAGCACAAGUAUAUUUCAACUCGCCCUGGCUAAUUCAGUGUUUGGUUAAAGCCUAAUGGAUGGAUGCGAGUACACAUCUGUCGCUAACUACUGGUAUGUCCAGAAGUGAUGAGCACAUGCCAGCAUGAAUUUGGUUCACCUUGUGUAGUUUUCAAAAUCCUCGAUCCACCUCUGCACUGAACCUCAGCAUAAGGAAUUUUGAUGACCCCCUUUCAACUUGCAAUACGAUUCAGCAGACUUGACGUAAUACUAGAGACCCAACCGGACCAUGUUUAUCAGAUAUUUACUCUCACGUACACACUCUUGUACAUGUAUCAUCUUGUAUCAAAACACACCCUCAUUAUCUGGUGCUCACAUCGGAACACUGCACACUAUCACUUGAUGAGUCUUCAACCCCUAUCCAGCAAUGUUUACUGUGGAUAGAUGCUCAUGCUGUUGAUCACUGGAUUGUCUAGUCCAGAUUUGAUUACUUACAGACCACCACACAGUGUGCGAAAUAGUUUCCAUGUUCUGCUAGCCAGUCGGGUUAACUAUGCCUGAAAGCUACUAGCCCACAAAAUAAUUCACUAGCCCGAAAUUUGAAUGUAGAAACUAAUCAAAAUAUUACAAAGGUAAAAUAUCAUUUAUCCGGCGUAAUCUGGCAUGAAUUUAAAGUGUAUUAUAACUUAGCAAAUCGGAGAGAGGGAUAUAUUUUGAAAAUGAACCCAUGAAAAUUCAGUGGGCCAGUGACUGUGGAAAUUUACUGGCCCGACUGGACUUUUACUAGCCACGGGCUAACGGGCCAGUGGCUAUUUCGCACACUGCCACCACGAUGUAGCUGGCAUACUGAGUGUGGUGUUAAACUAUAAACAUUGGACUGGAACCCAAAACUGCUGUGAAAGGCUGCAAUAUAUCUGAUGAAGACUUCACUCGCUCACACUAAUUUCCUGUGAUAUUCAAAGUGGUGAUACCAUAAUCCCCAGUAUCCUCUUUCACCAAAGAUUGGCAUGGUAACUAUGGUAACUGCUUGGCCUGAGUACAAUGGCAGUACCCUUCAGUAGCUCUGGUAGUGCAGCUGAUGUUUUUCCACGUAGUUGCAGCUGCUGUGUGUAGAGUAGCUUUGGUUGUAGAAACUUGUAUCAGUUUUACACUCAUUGAUGUGUCGGAAUCAUAAUGACGCAUUUCAAGCGGUUAGGACAAGGAUUUGACUGCACUUUAUUCACCUAAGGAUCAGAAGUAGGAUUUAACUGCACUUUAUUCACCUAAGGAUCAGAAGUAGGAUUUAACUGUACUUUAUUCACCCAAGGAUCAGAAGUAGGAUUUAACUGCACUUUAUUCACCCAAGGAUCAGAAGUAGGAUUUAACUGGUCUAUAUUCAUCUUAGGAUCAGAAGUAGGAUUUAACUGUACUUUAUUCACCUAAGGAUCAGAAGUAGGAUUUAACUGUACUUUAUUCACCUAAGGAUCAGAAGUAGGAUUUAACUGUACUUUAUUCACCUAAGGAUCAGAAGUAGGAUUUAACUGUACUUUAUUCAUCUAAGGGUCAAAAGUAGGAAUUAAUUGUACUUUUAGGGUCAUGAUUUGAACUGAAUUGUACAUUAUUCAUCUGAGAAUUGGAUAUAGGAUUUAACUGUACUUUAUCUAGGACUCAGACAAAGAUUUUACUGUGUAGCAUUCCUUUUAUGGGCAGAAGUUCUAUGUAAUGAGAUCACAAAAUACUUAAUUCUAAUAAAAAUACAUGUGAGAGGGAAUCUCUAGAUGAAAUUGGUGCAGAUGAAUAAAUACAAAGAAAUUGUUAGAAUGAUUUCCUCAAGCUAAUAUUUGGUUGUAGAUUAGUAUGAAAAUCUUGCCAUCAGAGUAUUUCAUUUUCUUAAUUUAUUUGUAAAUGUUUCAGUAUGAAUGAAGCUUGCAUGUCAUCUUAACUCCACAGGUAGUUUUAGGGGUAAGACCAAUAGAUGAAAUUAUUGAUAAUCACACCACUAUAAUCAAGACUGAAAUUGCCAAGAAUGGUUAUCUCCCUUAUAUCCCAGUGAAAUGGACCAAUCAACUACCGUGGGAUAUAUUAAAUACCAUGGACCAGAUAUUGUAUAUAGCCUCGUAUAGUGCGACAACCCCAAUCUACAAACCUUCAAAAUCAAUGCUAAUCUAUAUCUAAUCUAGUCUAUAACCCUCUCAUUUCAGGUACGAAAAAUCGCCUUAUACUCUGCGAUAUACGGUAGAUUUGUACAGAGUAGUACAGUGUAUAUAUCAGCAGUGUAAAGUAGCCCCUAGUUUUACAUGUACAAAAAGUGCACUUUCAUUAUACAUCAAAUGUAAAUUGAUUUUUAAAAUUGUUUGUUGAUAGACCUGAUAGCUGUUGUGUAGGUAGUGAUUUUUCAAUAUUUGUUGUUAAAGGUAUGUUGUUCUCGGCUUCAGUGCCCUAUGUCACUGUGUGGAGCUUGUCUCAGCUCUGUUAAAGAUGGGAGUUACACUUUUUAUCUUACACAUGACACGUAGAUGUGUAUAAAAUUCAUUUUAUGCUUGUAUUACUUUCUAGCAUCUUAUCACUGAUUCAGCAUUGUAUACAGGAACAUGUAUUUAUUGUUUAUAUCUAUAUGUAUGUAUUUAAACCUAGCCUUCUCAACGCUAGUUCAAUUUUAGGUAUUUUUAAUCCAACCUUAUACGAAUAACCAUUAAUAGCUGUUUUAAGUGUUUUCAUAUCCUUUCCUAGAAGGAUAAGUGGCUCAAGUGGAGAAAAACAAGAUAUGCUGUUGCAUCAAGAUGAACACAUUUCUAAAUUUCUGGGUCAUGGAGCCAGUCAUUUCUAAGAUGCUGCCAUUUGCUGUGGAGAGUUAUGUCCCUUGGGCAUGCAAGGACACUAUAAUUGUGGUUAGGAAUCCCAGUUUCCCUCCAAUGUACAUGUAUCUAUUUUUGUCAGCAGCAAACUUGUGCCGUGGGUUUCACCAAAGUGAUAUCAGUGACCCGAUUCACUUCAGAUCUUUUUGGACCCAUGAAGAUCGGGGUUAGAAUUGAUCUUCAGUAACCCAUGCUUGUCGUAAGAGGCGAUUAACGGGAUCAGGUGGUCAGGGUCAUUGACUCGGUUGACACAUGCCAUCAGUUCCCAAUUGC